CCUGAGUUAUAAUGAACUGGGAGAUUCAGGAGUGAAACUGGUGUCUGCGGCUCUGAGGAACCCGGAGUGUAAAAUACAGAGACUGUGGCUGGGGUAUGUCGGUCUCACAGAUUCUGGUGCCGAGGAUCUCGUCUCCGCUCUCAGUACAAACCCAUCACUGACGGAUCUGGACCUGAGUUAUAAUAAACUGGGGGAUUCAGGAGUGAAACUGGUGUCUGCGGCUCUGAGGAACCCGGAGUGUAAAAUACAGACACUGUGGCUGAUCCGUGUCGGUCUCACAGAUUCUGGUGCCGAGGAUCUCGUCUCCGCUCUCAGUACAAACCCAUCACUGACGGAUCUGUACCUGAGUGAUAAUAAACUGGGGGAUUCAGGAGUGAAACUGGUGUCUGCGGCUCUGAGGAACCCGGAGUGUAAAAUACAGAGACUGUGGCUGGAAUAUGUCGGUCUCACAGAUUCUGGUGCCGAGGAUCUCGUCUCCGCUCUCAGUACAAAACCAUCACUGACAGAUCUGAACCUGGGAUUAAACUCUCUGACAGACCGAUCUGUCCCCGCUCUCCGCCGCCUCAUACUGACCCUCCCGAUUCUGGAGUGGAUCCGGCUGGGGGGGAAUCGGUUCAGUGAGACCGGGGAGAAGGAACUGAGAUCUCUACAGGAACCCAGACCCGGACUGAGAGUGUCCGUGUGAACAUCUGAAUGUGGGGAAUCGGUUCAGUGAGACCGGGAUGAAGGAACUGAGAUCUCUACAGGGAGUCAGACCCGGACUGAUGGUGGAUCUGUGAACAUCUGAAUGUGGGGAAUCGGUUCAGUGAGACCGGGGAGAAGGAACUGAGAUCUCUACAGGAACCCAGACCCGGACUGAUGGUGGAUCUGUGAACAUCUGAAUGUGGGGAAUCGGUUCAGUGAGACCGGGAUGAAGGAACUGAGAUCUCUACAGGAACCCAGACCCGGACUGAUGGUGGAUCUGUGAACAUCUGAAUGUGGGGAAUCGGUUCAGUGAGACCGGGAUGAAGGAACUGAGAUCUCUACAGGAACCCAGACCCGGACUGAUGGUGGAUCUGUGAACAUCUGAAUGUGGGGAAUCGGUUCAGUGAGACCGGGAUGAAGGAACUGAGAUCUCUACAGGAACCCAGACCCGGACUGAUGGUGGAUCUGAAUCUGUGAACAUCCCCGCCCGCGGGAUGGGGACAUUUGGCCGACUCCCCGCCCUCCCCUUUAACUCCCGCCCUUACCUUUAACGGCCGCGCGCCGGGGCUGAUUCCCAACGGUUUUAACGGAACCGGCUCGGGCCUCGCGCUGUGUACGUCGCUCGCAGCGGUCCCGCAGUGACGUGUUUCCGCCUGUUGUCCGGCGGGGCAGCUUCCGCCGGAAGUGCGUGUUGGAGACUCCCCACGUGACUCCCCGGGGAAUUACCCGGACAGGAAGAGCCCGGGGUCCGGGGCUCAGUCUGGGACACCGGUGUCCCGGGGUGGGGGGGAUGGUCCCGGGAGAGAAUCCUUUUGCCCCCUUUGCUGAGGACGGUGCAUUCGGCAGCCUGGCCGAUAUAAUGAUGUUAAAUGGACAAAUCCCUCGGCAGUGACCCUGGAUCUGCAGCGAUCCCGGACACGGCCCUGAAGUGUGAUUUUAUAAUCAGUUUUAUAAUUUUAUAAUCAGUUCCCCGAUGCAGAGUGACGGUGAGAAACGGGACUGGUUAUUAUUCAACCUGUCACCCCUUGUCGCCGGUCAGUUAAUUGUGUGUGACUGUCAGCAGAUUAUUUAUUCCCGCAGGUUAGCAGCUCACACAUUGUUUCAU